AUGCAAGCGUUAGGUAGAAGGUCAAUUGCUUUCCGUGCUUGUAAACAAUUCAAAUUUACCAAAAUUUCAAAGAGAGCUCUCUCUACAUCGAACUUUACUAAAUCUCGUAAUUAUUAUAAUAAUAAUAGUAAGAAUUUACGUAAUUCUUUAUUAUUAAUUACAUCUGCUUCAGCUUUAUCGUACUAUGCUUGGAAUCAACUAAACAAUCAAUCUUCUUCAGAUUAUAUUAGUAACGAUAAUGGCCAACCUUCAAAGAAAAAACCAAUUUCUCCAGAUGAAGUCGCUAAACAUAAUAAACCGGACGAUUGUUGGGUAGUAAUUAACGGUUACGUUUAUGAUGUUACCUUUUUCAUUCCAAAUCAUCCAGGUGGUGAAGAUGUUAUUAAAGCAAAUGCGGGUAAAGAUGUUACAGCUAUGUUUGCACCAUUACAUGCAAAGGGUACUUUGGAGAAAAAUAUUCCAGAAGAUAAGAAAUUAGGUCCAUUAAGUAAGCCAAUGCCUAAAAAACUUGUUUGUCCACCUUAUGCGCCAGGUGAAUCUCCUUAUGAGAUUAUGACUAAACAAAAAUUGAGAGAUAAUAUGCCUCCUUUAGGUAAUGUCUUAAACCUAUACGAUUUUGAAAGAUUAGCUUCAAAGAUUUUAACUAAUCAAGCUUGGGCUUAUUACUCAUCAGGUGCAGAUGAUGAAAUUACAUAUAGAGAAAAUCAUAAUGCUUAUCAUAGAAUUUUCUUUAAGCCUCAUAUUUUGGUUGAUGUUGAACAUGUUAAUUUGAAGACUACAAUGUUAGGUGAAAAGACUGAUGUUCCAUUUUACGUUAGUGCUACUGCAUUAUGUAAAUUAGGGAAUCCAGAAGGUGGUGAAGUUGAUAUUGCCAAAGGUUGUGGUUCUACAUCAUACUCUGUGCCACAAAUGAUUUCAACUUUAGCAUCAUGUUCUCUUGAUGAAGUCGCUGAAGCUAAAGUUAAUGAUAAACAAUUACAAUGGUUUCAAUUAUAUGUUAAUUCCGAUAGAAAAAUUACUAGAAAUCUAAUAAAGCAUGCCGAAGAGUUAGGCUUAAAAGCAAUCUUCGUCACUGUUGAUGCUCCAUCCUUAGGUAAUAGAGAAAAAGAUCAAAAGAUUAAAUUUACUACUCAAAGUAGCGGUGGUCCAAAAAUUUUACAAAAGAAAGAAGAUGAAAAGAAAGAAAAGAAUUCUGAUGGUGCUUCAAAGGCUUUAUCUAAAUUUAUUGAUCCAUCUUUAUCCUGGGAAGAUAUUGCUAAAUUGAGGGAAAUAACUAAAUUACCAAUUGUUAUUAAAGGUGUACAAAGGGCAGAAGAUGCUGUUAGAGCUGCUCAAAUGGGUUGUCAAGGUGUUGUAUUAUCUAAUCAUGGUGGGAGACAACUGGACUUCUCUCGUGCCCCAAUUGAAGUCUUAGCUGAAACUAUGCCAAUCCUAAAACACCACGGUCUUGACAAGAACUUCGACGUGUUCGUCGACGGUGGUAUUCGUCGUGGUACAGAUAUCUUAAAGGCUCUAUGUUUAGGUGCCACAGGUGUUGGUCUUGGUAGACCAUUCUUAUAUGCCAAUUCAUGUUAUGGUCAACAAGGUGUCGCUCAUGCUAUUGAUAUCAUAACCAAAGAAUUAGAAAUGUCUAUGAGAUUAUUGGGUGUUAGUAAGAUCGAGGACUUAAACCCAGGUUUCUUAGAUUUAACAUCCUUACAUUCAAGAAGUGUCUCUGUGGCAAGGGACUCUCUAUAUGAAAACUCUUACAAAGAACCACAAUUAGCCAAAUUUUUAAUCGACGACGAUGAUUAA